CCGCCACCCCCAGCCCGCGCCAGCCGCGCCCCGGGCUCCGGCCCCGCGCAACAUGCAGGCCUUAGAGCGGGCCGCGAGGGGCUUCUACGACGAAGACGCCAGAGACCUUGACUUCUACGAUUUCCAGCCGCUACCCACGCUACCUGAGGACGAGGAGAAUGUGUCCCUGGCUGACAUCCUCUCCCUGCGGGACAGCGGCCUCCGAGAGCAGGAAGCCUGGGCCGUGUGCCGGGAGUGCUGCCUGUCCAUGCGGAGCGUAGCACACUCGGCCAUCUUCCGGACUCUCUGCAUCACACCGGACACGCUGGCCUUCAACACGAGCGGGAACGUGUGCUUCAUGGAGCAGCUCAGCGAUGACCCUGAGGGCGCCUUCGUUCCCCCAGAGUUUGAUGUGACUGGGAACACGUUUGAGGCCCACAUCUACUCCCUGGGGGCCACGCUGAAGGCAGCCAUGGAGUACGUGCCUGAGCCUGAGCCUGAGCCCAACCUGAGCGCCGACCUGGAAGCACUGCUAAACCGGAUGCAGGCGGAGAAGCCGGGGGAUCGGCCUGCCCUGGAGAGCAUCAUCGCGCUGUGUGAAGAGAGGAUGAAGAGCGUGUCCUCCUGCCACCUGUGCUGCAGCCUCUCAGCCGUCGGGAGGAGGGUGCUCUCCAUCGAGUCCUUCGGAGCCCUGCAAGAGAUCAGUGAGAAUGCCUGGAGGGGGCGAUUCACACCCAGAAGCUCGGGGUCCAAGGGGCAGAACGGGGAGCGAGGCAUCGACCAAGGCCUGCCUGUGGGGGGCUCCAGCAGCCUGAAACAGGAGGCCAGCUGGAGUGGGAGUGGCCGCUCCCCACCCCCAAAGCCCCUGCUCUCAGCACCGGUGAGGAAUGGUGAGAGCCCAGCCGGGCAGGCACCCUGCUCCGAGCGUCUGGCUGGCCUCCUGCUGGACACAAGGGGGCCCCUGGGAGAUCUGGACCACGGCCUGCUUCGGAGAAGCCGCCUGAAGAAGGCGCAGACCUUCCCGAGGCUCCUGGUGGAGGGGCCCGAGGCCAGCCCCCUCUGCCUGUCGCUGACCAGAAGCCAGCUGCCCACAUCCUCACUGUUUCCCGCCGCUGACUGCAGGAAGGACUUGUCCGAGGGGCAGAAUGGCUUUGUGGGCUGCAGGGCGCUGCCCAAGGACAGACUGUGGCUGGAGGACCAGGCUCAUGGUUCGGGGGGCCACAGGGACAGGCCAGCUGGGACAGGGACUGCUCCAAGCAGUGGCACGGGACUCGGACGCCCUAGCCAGGGAGGGACAGCUGGCCCCGCUAAAGAAGGGUUCUCAAAGCCAGACAGAGCACUGACCUGCCCUGGCCAGGGCCCUGCCAAGGACAGCUGCCUACCUGGCCCCAUGGGCCCCAGAGACACAGGUGGGGACCCUGGGGCUCUCUGCAGCCCGGUGGGUGUUCCAGGAGGAGCUGGUCAGCUGGGAGACGCCGCCCCAGAGCAGUGGGUGAGCCUGCAGGAACUCCUGGUGAAGCUUGGCCGGCCCUUCCGGGAGUACGAGCUGUGGGCACUCUGCCACGAGAGUCUACACACCCUGCAGACCUACAUCCAGUUCCCAGCCUACCUGUGCCUGGACUCAGUGCUAGUGGCCGAGGACGGCGCUGUGCUCUUCGGGGCACCCCCUGACAGCGGUGCCUACAAUGCGUUCUUCCUGGCUCCCGAGGCUGCAGAGGAGACGCUGGUGACAGAAAAGGCCUCGGUGUACUGCGUGGCCGCCAUCCUGUGGACUGCAGCCAAGUUCAGCGUGCCCCGUGACCACAAGCUGGCCCUGCCGCGCAGGCUUAAGGCCCUCCUCUUGGAAAUGGCCAGGAGCAGCCCUCAGGAGCGGCUGUCUGCGGCCGAGGCCAUCAAGCUCUGCAGCAGCUACCUCCUCCAGCGAGGCAUGGACAGCAAGAAGGUUCUAGCCCACCUGAAUGCAUCUACCUGCAAGCAGGUCCAUGAAGAGGAGGAGAUGAUCGGUCUCCAGAGCGCACUCUCAGUGGCUGACCCUGACCUGGAAGUGACGCCCUCUCCCAAGCCCAGACCAGGCUUCACGCCCAUCGGCAAGGACUCCCGGCUGGCUGCCGUGCAGGGACCAGUGCCAGGCAGCCUCGCCUCGCGCUCCGAAAUCCCGGCGCUGCCGGUCGCCUUCACCUCGGAGGCCACGCACUUCAAACCCAUCAUCCUGGCGCAAGACACAGACGCCUCGAAUGACCACGCGCAGUUCCCAGAACCAAUCCAGGGGCUGGAGGCCCGCGGAGGCUGGGAGGACCAAGGGACGCUGGUUCCUGGGCCCUACCUGGCAGCUUCCCCCUCGGAGACGCCCGAGAGGCAGGAGCCGGGCGCGGGGCCGCAAGUCGAAGCCCCAGGGCGACUCGGAGUGUGUAUGGAGGAGCGCCCCUGCCCUGCGCCCCCUGGCCCAGCCCAGCGCCAAGCAGAGACCGCAGCCGUAAAGACCGCCAGCUCCCUGAUCCGAGCUACUUCACCCGCGCGGCCCCAGGAGACACAGGCACGCCAGGAGCAGGGGCCGGAGGAGCCCGCCCGGCUGGGGGCCACCUCCGGGGGCCCGGGACCUGUCCCCACGGCCGCCCACGGCCCCCGCCGCCAAUCCAAGACGCCCAAAGGCUCGGCCACAGAGCGCCCAGAGCAAGACCCUGAGGGCCUCGGACGGGCGGCCCAGGGCAGUCCCAAGCGCCUCCGCAGCGCCUCGGGCAGAGAGCGGUCCCGCGCGGCAGAGCGCAAGCCAUGCGCCCCAGGCGCGGACCCCUCUCCGCUGCACAAGACCACCGCCUGCCCCUCUCUGCAGGAGGCCAUGCGCCUCAUCCAGGAGGAGUUCGCCAGCGAUGGCUACCUGGACAACGGGCUGGAGGCCUUGAUCAUGGGGGAAUACAUUUAUGCCCUGAAAGACCUCACCUACGCCACCUUCUGCGGGGCCAUCUCUGAGAAAUUCUGCGACCUUUACUGGAAUGACAAGUUGCUGCAGAACCUGUUCAAGGUGGUGAACGGGCCAGCGGCACCCUCUGAGAGUGCCUCAGGGGAAGCAGAACAGCAGCCAGAGGGAGCUGGCGAGACCCAUGUGUCCAGCAGUGGCUCUCCAUCCAGCAGGAGGCCCUCAGUGACCAGGCCUGGGAAAGAGAAGGCCACCCCCUGCUCGCCCACACCACUCCCAGACCUCAAUGCGGAAGCACUCUCCCAGGGGAACUUCGAGGUGGGCUUCCGACCCCAGCUCUCCAUCAAAGCUGAGAAGGAGCCUCCAACUGGAGACGGGCAUGCCUGUGGCAGGAACCCAGGUCCUGAGCUGACUAGCACUUGUCCCAGCCCAGGGGCAGUGGCCCCAUUGGAGGAGGGUGGCCUGGGCCUGCCACAGGGCCCUGCUGAGCUGCAGAGCUGCAGCCCCGGCUGGUGCAGUGCCUUCUACGAGGCAGACUGCUUCAGCGCUGAUGUGCACAGCUAUGUGGAGCAGCUAGGGCAGCAGAAGGCCAGCGAGAGCUCAGACGCCGACACCCAGAACCCGAAGUCUCUCGAGGAGCUGGGGUGCAGCCAGGAGCUGGAGCAGCAGCUGAUGAUGGAGAAAAGGGGCUACAGGAAGACCCUCAAGUUCUACCAGAAGCUGCUGCAGAAGGAGAAGCGGAGCAAAGGCUCUGAGGUCAAGAUGAUGCUGUCCAAGUUGAGAGGGCAACUGGAAGAGAUGAGGUCCAGGGUGCAGUUCCUCAGGCUGGUCAAGAAGUACCUACAGGUGGCCUACGCUGAGCGGUGGGGCCUGGAACCCAGCACCCUGCCGGUGAUCGUGAACAUUGGGGCAGCCCAUUGUGGGGCCCUGGACUUCACCCCACUGGAUGAGUCCUCCUCCCUCAUCUUCUACAACGUCAACAAGCCCUCGUAUGGGGGCAGCAGCUGCAGCAACAGGCAGAAGGCCCGGGUCCUGCAAGCUGGCACGCCGCUUGGGCUCAUGGCUUACCUGUACUCCAGCAACGCCUUCCUGGAGGGCUACGUACAGCAGUUCCUCUACACCUUCCGCUACUUCUGCACGCCCCGAGACUUCCUGCUCUUCCUCCUGGACCGCCUCAGGAGCACCCUGUCCAGGGCCCACCAGGACCCCACUUCCACCUUCACCAAGAUCUACAAGCGCAGCUUCUGCCUGCUGCAGGCCUGGGUGGAGGACUGCUACGCCGUGGACUUCAUCAGGAACACCGGGCUUCUGGGCCAGCUCCGGGCCUUCAUCUCCUCCGAGGUCCUACCCCUGGACAGCUACGCCGAGCGCCUGCUGGACCUGCUGGAGCUGAGCUCAGACCGGCGGGGUGAGGGGGCCCUGCAUGGCGGGGACAUGGAGGACCCCAAGGAGGCUGAGGAUGACAGCCGGCCCCUGAAUGUCCUCUGCCGGAAGCUCUCAGAGGACGGCCUCUCCCGGAAGAGCUUCCCCUGGCGACUGUCCAAGGGCAAUGGACUGGCACCACCAACUCCCAAAGAGCGCCAGUACUCCAUUGCGUCGGCCCUGCCCAAGCCCUGCUUCCUGGAGGAAUUCUGCAGCCCCUAUGCCAAAGCCAGCGAGAAGGGGCCCUACUUCCUGACGGAGUACAGCACCCACCAGCUCUGCACCCAGCUGACACUGCUGCAACAGGAGCUCUUUCAGAAAUGCCAUCCAGUGCACUUCCUGAACUCUCGGGCCCUGGGGGUCACAGACAAGAGCCCGGCCAUCCCACAAGGCAUCGAGUCUGAGUCGCUAUGGGCCAAAUCCUGCAGCUUGUUUCUGCCAGAUUACAACCAGGACAAGUACCUCUUGCAGCUGCUGCGAAAUGCUGAUGAUGUCAGCACCUGGGUGGCUGCAGAAAUCGUGACCAGCCACAGCUCCAAGUUGCAGGUGAAUUUGCUGUCCAAAUUUUUGUUGAUCGCCAAGUCUUGCUAUGAGCAGAGGAACUUUGCGACCGCCAUGCAGAUCCUGGGGGGCCUGGAGCACCUGGUCGUGAGGCAGUCCCCCGCCUGGCGAAUCUUACCCGCCAAGACUGCAGAAGUCAUGGAGGAGCUAAAGGCCGUGGAGGUCUUCCUCAAGAGUGACAGUCUGAGUUUGAUGGAGGGGCGGCGGUUCCGGGCCCAGCCCACCAUCCCCUCGGCCCGCCUGCUGGCCAUGCACAUCCAGCAGCUGGAGACCGGGGGCUUCACCAUGACCAACGGGGCCCACAGGUGGAGCAAGCUCAGAAACAUAGCCAAAGUGGUCAGCCAGGUGCACGCCUUCCAGGAGAACCCCUACACGUUCGCUGCGGACCCCAAGCUCCAGUCCUUCCUCAAGCAGAGGAUCUCGAGAUUCAGCGGGGCCGACAUCACCAUCUUGGCGGCAGACAGCAGGGCCAGCGUGCACCAGCUCACCAGCGAGAGGCACUCUCGCAAAAUCCAAGACAAGUUACGCCGCAUGAAGGCCACCUUUCAGUAACUCCCACAAGGCAGUGGGCGAACUCCGGGUCAGGGCAGGGCCUCCCGCUCCUCCAGUUCUGCACCCUCAGCGAGAAAGAAACGCAGCUCCCUGGCUUUACAUAAGCGACCCUGGAGCCAGUAGGGCUGCGCGCUGGUGCAGGGCACCUCGCCCAGCGGCGCCUCAGAGACCAGACGGUGGGAGGUGGGGGCUGGAAGGCACCUGCCCCAAGACCCAAAGCACAGUUCAUCCCCAGCAUCGUAGGCAGGGCGGUGGGCUGGGGGGCUGUUGGAAUUAAAACAGCAGGAAGUGGAUGGGUCAGGUCCCCAAAGGCCUGGGGGAGGGGGGCACUCCAUUCUCGUGAGCCACACCCUCAGACCACCAGGGUUCCCCCAUUUUGGGUCACACCUCCAUCCCCACCCCAGCAGAAACAGGGCCAAACCAGACCAGGAAAGCAAGCCUCUGGACAGGCACGCCCAACCCUGCUUGGGGGUGGGG